AUGGGCGCUGGGACCGAGCCUGGUACUGCCGCUCCUUCUCCGGCUGGUGCGAGGCUGGGGUCCUACCUGGGCUCUGGGCCGUGGGGAGUCGGGGCUAUGAUGGUGCCGGGCCGCCAGGAAGACGGCGCUUCCCUGGAGCAACCCCUGGCCCCGGGACCUCAUCGGCAUCGCCGCUCCCUCAGCGCCGCCGCCCGUCCCGCAGGGCGCCCCCUGGCGGACACGGCGCCGCUCCUCAGCCCCACGGGGACACCGAGCCCCCUCACGGCCCGGCAGCACCGCGGCCACCGCGCUCCCCUGUACCGGGACACCGCACUCCCCUGUGAGAGCCACAGCGCCCACAUCCCCCCGCUCCGUGACCGCAUCCCCGGGGGAUCCCCGCCGAACGAGCGGGGCUGGGGCCGCUGCUCCCGCUGCGGCUGUGCCUGGUGCGUGCCUGGAGGAGGCCAGAAGCCCCCGCAGGGCUGGCAGCCCUCACGCCCCUUGGGAUCUGCGGGAGGAGCUGUGCCUGCAGCGUGCCGAACACACGUCCCGGUGUGGGCACCGGGGUACCGGGACAGCGCUGGCACAGACACGGCUGAAGCGCUGCCUGUGGCCCCUCAGCCAGGGGCUGCUCUGAACAGGUAUGUGGAAACGCCUCAGCCCGGACAGACACCACCGACAGCCCAGAAGGACCCCAAGGAGCAGCGGGCAUUGCCUGGAAUGGAGGCACGGGCCGUUUGCAGAGGGCCUCAGACAGCAGUUCCUGUUUCUGACCUCCCAGAGCUCGCACACAGCUCCCAGAUAUUGAAUCCCAAGCAGUAUGCUUUGGAGAUGCCUCAAAAUCAGAGGGCUGAGCAGGAUGAAGUUUGGAGCUUUCCAAGGAGGCAGCUGGAAGUACAAAAGUGAAGAAAAACUUUCACGGUGAGAAGAACAUGAACUCACAGCCACUGCGUCCUGACAGGUUCCUGCAGUGAGAGCUCAGCGCACGUCCACAGAGAGAGAGAGGGGAGAUGUGGGAACUGGACAACCAGAAACCUCCAGAGACACCAAAAGAUUUGAUCUGCAGCCUGGGAAGAAGCUUGGAUUGAUGUAAAAAUACAACACACAGGCAUUAGCAGAAAAAUAAUACAGAAAAUAAUGAUGUUUUUGUGGCUGUAAGUAAGAGCAUGCCUUGAGUGAGUGAGGAACUGUAAAGGUGAGGGGGUGCAGGGUUGAUAAUGUGAGGGUGGGGAUGUGCAAAGUCAGAGUUCAGAAUUGUAACAGAAGCAUCUGUGUGCAAGUGAGGAGCCACUGGACAAAAGUGAGCACAGUGCAGCAGAGUUAAGGAAAGGUGAUGGCUGAGAAAAGCAAAAUGAACCCUGUGGCAGCUGUGUGUGGGUUAGAAAGUUCUACAUUGCCUGUAACAAAGAACUGUGAGUGCUCUGGAACUGUAGGAACUACUUACUCUGUAAAGUCUGCUGGCCUCUGAGGCUGAUCCUUACCUGAGCAAUUAACCUUUCUCACCAGAGCCAGGGCACUG